AUUGUUAUUGCAGGUGAUACGCUGUAUUACAAGUUCUCAGCUGACUGUAGUAAUAAUGACUGGGGAUUUAAAUUUACUGUGACCGGGGGUAAGAUGGGAAGAUUUGAGACUGGGUAUGUGAUGUUAAAUACAAUAUUAACAGAAAGUUUACAACCACACAGAAAGCUUCCCCAGGAUGAGUUAUGGUGUUGGUUAGUGUAUGUGUCAUGCAGACAAACUGGACAGCAGAGAUUGAAAGUAAUACAGUUAAUGCUCAGAAUAUUACAACUACUAUCAAAGUCUACACAGCAGAUGACUGCAGCCAUGCCCAUCGAUAAGUCGCUAACACCAGAUUUAACAUUAUUGAGACCACUGUGGCUGUUACUAAACAAGAUGGCAAAGGAGACACCAAAAGAUAGCGCAGCUAAAAUAUUACCACCAGUACAGAGAGCUUUGACUGAAUUAUUUUUAUUGGCAGAAAAUCUUGCUAUUGAGUGGGGAAUACAAGAAGCUUAUAUGAUUGCUAUGGUAGAUGAAGAAGAGCUAAAGAAGGUAGCUGCACAGGCAAUACAGAAUAUAGCGACAACAGGGCUGGCUAUGGGCAUACCCAACAAAGCCAGCGAAGCCUUUCGUAAACAAAAACCUGUGUCAGUGUAACAUCAGUCAUGGACAAGGUCUUCACUUGGUUUUAUUUCUUGCUUUAAUCCUACAUUUACUGGCUAUUAUUGCCUGGAUCUAUACAAUUAAUUGGGUAUUUUUUAACUAAUGUUAGAUACACGUCUCGUAGUACAAUUUAACUCCCCAUAGCCAACAAUGUUGAAAAUUUUCCACAUACACAACUCAACUCUAUUGAUAUAGAGCAUUGCCACCAGAAAUUUGCGCAAACAAUCAAAUGGCAAGAUAAAACAAUCAUCAACAUUCAAACAUGCUGAAAAUUAUCAAAAAUUGAAUGCACAUUCAUUCAGACCAUCAAAUAUUUCAAAUAAUAUUCCCAAGACCCCAAUAAUGCUUUAAGAAUUGUCAUGAAGAAUUAUGAAAUUAUGACAGCUGCAGUUUUACACAGUUAACAUUACUUCCAAAUGUUUACCGGUUCUACAUAUAUGUGGAGUACAUUAUUUGAAUGUAUUUAUUCAGGUUUUCUUACUGUCCAUUGGAUCUCUUGUUCUAUUGAUUUAAAUACUGGUAGUCAGAAUUGUUUACGUUUGUUUUGUGUGUUUAUUGCAUUGUUUUACUUUUCUUUGCUCUGUAUUUAAGACUGGCAUAUGGUGCUGUAUUGUACUCUAAGCCUACCGGUAGUAUUGUAAACAGAUUUAUGCUGUGUGCAUUUCCGCGACUGAUUUAGUAUACUAACAAAUUAGGCCUGAGGACUCUCAACAGUCUAAAGAUUUCAGUGAAAUAUUUCAUAUAGACAUAUGAAUAUAGAUUAUAUUAUUCCCCACUUCAGAUGGCUAGCUAUAAUGGUGUAACCAUGUAGGUAAAAACAUACCUCCAUGGUGUAUUAUUGCACACCAUGGAUGCCUAAGAAUUUCAAUUUUCUUUGAUUUUUUAUUGUCAGUGGUAAAAUUAAUUAUGUUGAGUCAUAUAUGCUCUAUUUGAAGCUUUUUUGGUUGUUAAAGUGGACGGUAAAUGAUAAUGUGCUUCUAAUAGAGCAAAUUCAGGAUUUCAUUAAUGUACUGAAAUUUCCUUCGAUUUGUGAAGUGUAAGAAGGCAGACUGAAGUUAUAGCAAUAUUUAAACUAAAAGUCCUGUGUACUAAUACACAAGAUUAGAUUAUUGAAGUCAUUGGACUUUAAUCGCUAGUAUCCGACCCCCCCCCCCCAAAAAAAAUACAACAACACAUCAGUGUAAUGUAUAAAGAGCCUUUGUUGUUAUUAUAUACUUUUUAAAUUAUCAUAAGUGAUAUAUGAUGUUGAUAAUAGUAAUACAUGUAUUUGUAAAUGUUUAAAAGUUAGUCAAGCUGCAUGGUUGUAUACAAUUUUUAUGUUUAUAUCUUUAAAAUUGUGUGAAAAUAGAUUUGUGUUUAAAAAACACUGAUAGAUAUGGACAUCCGUUAGUUUCAGGUGUGUCCG